CACCUUAAACUCCCCCUUGUUUCCCUCAGACAAUGUCUCAGUUUCACAUUUCCAAAUAAACGCUUAGUGCUCCCACUUUUCUAUCUGUCUCCCAUUAACCAAAAAAAACUUUUUCAAUUUUUCACACCAAUGGCUCCCAGAGACAACAGAGUGGCCACCGCACUUUCCGGCCCCAACCCGUCAACCCCAAAAGAGAUCCGUUUCAGAGGCGUCCGGAAGCGUCCCUGGGGUCGUUACGCCGCCGAGAUCCGUGACCCAGGCAAGAAGACACGUGUCUGGCUUGGAACAUUCGACACCGCUGAAGAAGCGGCGCGUGCUUAUGACGCUGCAGCACGCGAGUUUCGCGGCGCGAAAGCGAAGACCAAUUUCCCUACACCGAUGGAGAUUGUGAAUAUGAAUGUUAACAACACGACACGCAGCCCGAGUCAGAGUAGCACUCUCGAGUCACCGUCACCGCCGCCGCUUGAUCUGUCUCUCACACCAUUCUCCGGCGGUUCCGGUGUUACCGUGGCGUUCCCCGUUGCGCGUCCUGUUUUGUUUUUCGACGCUUUCGCUCGCGCUGAGACCAGCCUUAGUAUUGGCCGUCGUGAGAUUUGCGGGUUUGACCGUCCUGUAACCGAUUUCCGACGCGCCGCCGUGCAGAGUGAUUCUGAUUCUUCUUCUGUUGUUGGUUACGAGCGUGUGCCACGUCAGAGACUCCUGGAUCUUGACCUUAACGUUCCUCCUCCACCUGAAGUUGCUUGAUCUGGCUCUGUUUUGAGGAAUCAUAAGCAUAAAUUUUUAGUUUUUUUUUCAAGUACCCAUUUUGAUGAACGGAAUCACUCUCGAGAAACAUAGUUAACGGAGAGAGAAAGAACGCAAAGUGUGUUGCUGACACGGUGCUCUGAUUUGUUGUUGAUGAUAACGAGCACGCUUUGUAAAUAUAACUGAAAGAUUCAACUUUUAUGGUUUUCUUUUUGCAACUGAGAACUUAUUAGUAGUAUCUCAUGGUUGUUUCUGCAAUUAAUCUUGAAUCAUAAAAUGAAAUUUUACUACUUAAUUACUAUA